UUUGUCAACUGUUUAUUUUUUUCAUUUUAUACAAUGAUCGCAUUACAUCGGCUUCUCGUGUCCCCAUUUUACACAGGUAUAUUACGUGAUAUAAACAUUCGCUAUUCGCCGUACAACUUCAUAUUUAUCUUGCUUUCUUAUGCAGACAUAGUGCAGCAAUGUUUCGGAGUGCAGUGAGGUUUAAAUGUAACAAAUUAUUGUUGACGUUAAUGUGGAUUCAGUUAUUUUGGAAUAAAAUGGAAGCAGGGAUAUGUGAUAUUUGUGCCUAUGACCACUGUGACUCCGCGGGGUUCUGUACGUAUGGUUGCCGGGAUACGGGGCUGACCUACAAGGACGGAUAUUGCAUAGGCGCAUGCGCGUCCAACUGUUCCUAUUGUCACCAGGAUCUGUGCCUGACGUGCGAUGGAGGCUUCUAUGGGUACUCGUGUCACGUGAAAUGUAACACUACCUGUCCCUCAACUGGGAAAUGUAACAGGCACUUUGGAAUCUGCCUCUCAGAAUGUGUGGGUAACGAAUGCGGCGUUGAGAUACCACGUGGUGACAGUCAGCACAUGUCCACGUACCUGGUUAUUGCUAGUAGUGUGAUCUCCGGCUUCUUGGUGCUCACUAUUAUAGGAGUAAUAGUCUGGUAUGCUAGACAGACAUGCCGGGAACCACGAUGGCUUGUACAUAGUGAUGAAAUUAAAGGUUUGAAUGAUGACGUCAUCAUGGACAAUGAAACGUGCAUAACUGACGGAAGUAAACCAAGACAACAAACUAGCUAUCGCAUGCAUGGACAAAAUAAUAGCAAACAAAUGCGUUUAGUAACUACUAAUCAUGAACAACAGAACUUUCGCUCGGAGUUUGAAAUAGAGCAUGAAAAUGAGUAAACUUUACAUUUGUAGUGAUAUAAAAUUAAUGUGAUUAGUACGGUGGCACAGGGGUGACAUCCGCAACACAUAAUUCAUAUUGUGGCCACAGCUUAGUAACUUGUGGCCAAAACUUAGACUAAGUAAAUUGUGGCCACAACUUAGUUACUUGUGGCCAAAACUUAGUAAAUUGUGCCAAAACUUAGUAAAUUGUUGCCACAACUUAGUAAAUUGUGGACACAACUUAGUUACUUGAUGCCAAACCUUAGUAAAUUGUGCCAAAACUUAGUAAAUUGUUGCCACAACUUAGUAAAUUGUGGACACAACUUAGUAAAUUGAGGCCACAGCUUAGUAGCUUGAGGCCAAAACUUAAUAAAUUGAGGCCACACAUUAGCAAAUUGAGGCUAUAACUUAGUAAAUUGAGGCGACAACUUAGUUACUUGAGGCCACAACUUAGUAAAUUGUGGCCACAACUUAGUAAUUUGAGGUCACAACUUAAUAAUUUGUGGCCACAACUUAGUAACUUGAGGUCACAACUUAAUAACUUGUGGCCACAACUAAGUAACUUGAGGCCACAACUUAAUAACUUGUGGCCACAAGUAGGGGGGUGUUUUGCGAAAAAACGAGGUUUACCGAGUUUCCGCAGAACACCCUGCGUGAGGGAUUGGGUGAACCUAUCUUAAACACGCGGCUAUGGUAGAUGCAUUUUCUCCCUCCUCAGUUAAAAAAUAAAGUAAAAAAUGUGGGGUUUUUCGAUGGAACUCUUUUGUGCGUAGUGAAAAUAAUGUGCGUAUAGAUAUGUGAUAAUUCGUGGUUGUCAUGGAUAUGCGCGCAGUGAUUUAGCUUAUGUAAACAAUCAAAUCGUUCUUUAAAAAGUUCUGUGAAGAGCGCAGCAUUAUUUCUUGAAUGGAGGGCAAACACUUUUUACCAACACCAAAAUUAAUUUGGAUUUUAAAUAUUGCAAAAAGACAAGGUUUCUAUGAUGCUACAGACGACGGUCUUCAACAAGGGAGGUAACUGUGUGAUGAUUAUUAAAAAGGAGUUCCAUACUGGUACUUGUUUUAUCUUUGCCCGUGGACACGAUAAGAAUUUCCAGCAUCGCAAAAUUUUGGGAUCUACUUAUCUGAGGUGGGAGAAACAAGUUUCCUUUGAGUAAAUAUAAACACAGUCAUUAUUUGACUGUUUUACGAUUACGAUAAGAAAAAAUACAUUACUUUGUAUUUGUUUAUUUGAUAAAUAAGUAUAAGAUAUGUAUUGUGAUUAUUGUUUUAGUCUCUUGUAAUUCUUUAAGAAUGGCCAUGUACAUGUACUAUCUGAUUCAUGAAUAUAUGUAUUGCAUGUAUGAACAUGGACGAGACUCUAAUUAACUAUGAAAUUAAAGUGUGAUAUAUUUCAGUAUUUUUAUUAUGCUUCAUACUCAAACGUUUCCACAUAUUUUGUGUUCAAAAUCCAAGUAUUAUUUAAGGAUUAAAAUUCGACAUGUUGCAUUUUAUUGGGGUAUGGUAUGCAAUGGGGCUGUUCAAAAUGGGUGGAGUCCGAAGGCAUUUUGAAUUGCGCCAUUGCAUACCAUACCCCAAUAAAAUGCAACAUGUCGAAUUUUAAUACUUAUAUUUACAUUUAUUUAAAUCUACAUUUCUACUAAAAUAAAUAGAUUAUUCAAGAGCA